GACAGUGCUGGACCAAGAGAAAAGCAUCUCAGAGAAGGAUUGCAGAAAGGAAGCUAGGAGUUCCUCAACUCACCUUUGGUUCACAUCUCAGCACUUGCUCCUCCGCAAGAAAAACAAACGCAAUGGACCCCGCAGGAUCCGCAGACGGAAAGAAAGGACCCCCCAAGUUCAAGCAGAGGGCGGCCCGCACCUUCAAGAGCAAGGCCCCCAAGCCUGGCCAGAAGGGGUUUGGUGAUGACAUUCCUGGAAUGGAGGGCCUGGGCACAGACUUCACAGUGGUCUGCCCAUGGGAGGCAUUUGGCGACAUGGAGCUCAGUGACCUGGCUAAAUACGGAAUUGUAUAAUUCCACCCCAUCCUUCCCUGCUCUGUCUCCCCACGCUUUACCGUACCUACCUCUCCUCCAGACGGAUCCCUCAGCUGGCGUUGUGACGCACGAGUGUGCACUUGCAUCGGUUAUGGAACAGCGGUUUCAGCUAUGCAAUUUAGGCUUCUGCUUUGGUCCUGAAGAGGAAAGUCAAUUUCCCCAAAGACACGACACUGAACUCUAGUCCAAACGUCUGAGCAAAUGCUGCAGCUUGUGCUAAGAGGGCUACUGGACACUAUCUUGUGAGGGUCUCUCAAAUUGUAUUGCGAUAUCACAACGAAAAUGGACUCCUUUGCUCCUGCCUUUUUGUCCUCUGCACCUUCCCUCAAAGGUUAUGUGAAUGCAGAUAUUUAUUUAUGUACAAAGAGUUUUAUUUCAUUUUAUUUUUAUGAAAUGGAUUUAUUGUCUGAUAUGUGAUUAUCCCGCAUUUUCUCUAGAAUUCCUCUUGAGCGAGAAAUAAAUGCAGUAUUUUCCCAACAUAA